UAAACCGAUUUUCACUAAUACUAGCAACUGUUCUAUAUGAUGAAAUUUCGAAAUAGAUAAUCAUUAUCAAUUCUUAUCCGAAUUUUGUGACCUCUCUGUUUCCCAACCAUUUAAUAAUCAUAUUUUGGAUAUCUGUGACCGCAAUUGAUUGACAUUUGACAACGCGGGAAACAGGUGAUUUAAAUUAAAUACGUCAAUGUGAUCAUCAUAAUCAAAACAUUAGAUUAUUUUCUAAGUUUUCAUUAUUUAAUCUGGAAUGGAAGAUGAAUCAUUUGAGGCUGAAACUCCUAGGAGGAGUACAAGGUGCAGAAGACCAACAUCAAAAGCUUUAGAGAACCAAUAUGUGAAAACUUUAGCUAGGUCUGGUUUUGUUGGAAAUAUUUCUAGUAGUGAAGAUUCCAGUAGUGAUACUGAGGAAUUAUUAACUGAGAAUGACCCGAUAACACCUUCUGUUCUUCGAAACACCGACCAUGUUCAAGGAGAUAGAAUUUUUCAGUUUCAGAGUAGGAAAUCUAAAAAAGGAUUAUUCCAAAAAGUUAAGGAAGUGAACAAUUUGAAUGAAGAAGACACUCCAGAAAAAUCAACCAGAAAAGCACUUAGUAAAAAUAACCAUGAUCCAUUCAGUGAUAGCGGGAGUGAAUAUAAUGCUAGUGAGGAAUCCUCAUCAGAAUCAGAUCAAAUAUCCGCACAUAGUGAUAACUCGGAAGAUUCACAUGAUGAAUCUAAAAAAAGUAAACCUAAAAAAACUUGUUUCAAAGAAGGAAAGAGGAAAUUAGAAAAAACAAACCUACGGGGUCACAAAAAGAAUAAUUACCAGAUACAAGUUGAUGAUUAUUUUUGCAGUCAAGCUUCCAAGAAAAUUGUGACAUCAGAUUAUACACUAGAUAAGUUAGAAACUCCAAGGUUAUCUCAGGAACAACUACAUAAGCUCCUAAAAAAUAUGAAAUUAACUCAAAGCCAUAGAAGUGCAAUCAACCAGAUGCAAGAACAGAAUAAAGGAAUGUUUUCGAAAUGGUUGUAUCUUCUACAUGAAAAUUUUAAUAUUCUUGUGUAUGGAUUAGGUUCAAAAAAAAGAAUAAUAACAGAGUUCCAAGAGGAAUAUUUGUCAGAUUACCCAGUAAUUGUUGUCAAUGGGUUUUUUCCUUCUUUAUCUAUCAAAGAUAUUCUUGACGGCAUUAUUGUGGACCUUUUACAACUGAGGAGGAACCCUGCCAAUGUUUAUGAAUGUUGCGAUAUUAUUGAGAAAGAAUUCAGCUUUCUGGAUACUCACCUUUAUCUACUUGUUCACAAUAUAGAUGGUGAUGUUUUGAGAAAUGGCAAAACACAAAAUGUAUUGGCUCGUUUGGCAAGUGUAGAAAAUAUCCACCUCAUUGCUUCUACUGAUCACAUAAAUGGACCAUUGAUGUGGGACCACUCCAAAUUAAGCAAAUUCAACUACACAUGGUGGGAUAUGACAUCUUUUCUUCCUUACAUGGAAGAAACUUCAUUUGAGAGCUCUAUGAUGAUCCAGAAAGGUGGCGAAUAUGCACUUUCAUCAUUACGAAAUGUAUUUUUAUCGCUCACCAAAAAUUCAAGAGGAAUAUAUUUACUCAUGGUGAAGCAUCAAUUGGAUAACGCCAAAAAUCAAUUUUAUCAAGGUUUUGCUUUCAAAGAUCUUUACUCAUCAUGUCGUGAAAAGUUUUUAGUUAGUUCAGAUUUGGCAUUGAGAGCACAACUAACAGAAUUCAUCGAUCACAAAAUGGUAAAAAUCAAGAGAUCUGCAGAUGGUGUCGAAAAUUUAGUAAUUCCAAUAUCAAAUUUAUUAUUGCAAAAAUUUAUGAGUGAACAGAAAAUGUAAAUACCAGUUCAAUCAUUUUUAUAAUUGUUUGAAUAAAUGCUGUUCUUUAAUA